AUGUCUUUGCCAGUUUCCUUAUCUGAGCUUCCAAGUUUCCCAUGGAAAGUAGCCAUAGAACUAUCACCACCAGAAGUACGAAAAAUUCUGAAAGAGAUUGGGUUUGAGGAAAAAGAUAUCAUAGCCUGGAAUGGAGCGGUUGAAGUCCCUUUGGGAGUCUCGUCCAAGUUUUUUGUAGUCUCCAUAUAUCCAGGACUUCGUCAAUUCAUCCUAGAAACUGGAAAAAUUCCUGACUUUGUAUCGACCAAGGCUCAGUUGAUCAACCUUAGCAAGAUCCUGAAUCCACCAAAGAAAAGCUUCCUUGAGAAAUUGUCUGCACCCCCACAUUCUUCAGAAAACCAUGAGUUUGGUUAUGGUCUAUACACCACACCAGAUUUGAGCUGUGCUCUCCAGUAUACCGGGCGGAAUGGUGUGAUCUUGGUUUUUGAUUGGAGUGAUAAUGAGGGAAAUGUUACGGUUAAAAGUUUGAUUGGCAAAGAGUGGCAAGAAAUAGUCAAGGCGUAUAUCUGUAUAGGCCACGACACAGCGCCACCUAUAUUACCACCCAUAUCAGAAGAAGACAUAUGGGAGGGUCCAAUAUCGGAAAACUAUGAUUAA